UUAUGGAUAACAAAUUCUUUUAGGACACGUGUACUUACUUGAAAUUACAUCAAGUUUCAUCACAGGACGUUUAUUUAUUAUCAUAUGAUUCUCUUUCAUAUCAAUUAUUAAGUAGUGAGUCAGUUUUGUUAUUACAGUUUUGUGCUCCUGUGUUCACUAUGUCUGAAUUUAAAGACUGGUAUUAUAGUGUACCCUUCUUCACAAGAUACUGGCUAUCGUUUACGAUAAUUUUAAGUUUAGUAGGUCGAUUUGGAAUAAUCAAUUACUACAAUUUGGUGUUGGACUUUUAUCCUUUCAUCAAUCAGUUCCAAAUAUGGAGGCCACUAACAGCAUUAUUCUUCUAUCCGAUUGGACCAGGCACUGGUUUCCAUUUCCUGAUAAAUUGUUACUUUCUGUACAAUUACUCUCAGAGAUUGGAAACGGGAAUAUUUGCAGGAAAACCAGCAGAUUAUUUCUACAUGCUUCUGUUUAAUUGGGCUUGCUGUGUUGUUAUUGGAAUACUGGUUAAUUUGCCUAUAUUAAUGGAUCCAAUGGUAUUAUCAGUGCUUUAUGUAUGGUGCCAACUUAACAAAGAUGUAAUUGUGUCAUUCUGGUUUGGAACACGCUUCAAGGCAAUGUAUUUACCUUGGGUUCUGCUUGCGUUCAACCUUGUUCUAAGCGGAGGUGGAAUGAUGGAACUGCUCGGUAUUCUGAUUGGUCAUGUGGCAUUCUUCCUUCUAUUCAAGUACCCACAAGAGUUUGGUGGUCCCGCCUUAUUAACACCUCCAGCGUUCCUGAAACAAAUAUUUCCGGAUACACGAUACGUCGGGGGUUUCGGUACAGCGCCUCAAGCGAGGGUGCCGGAGCGACCGGCUGGUGGUGUAGUCUUUGGCCGUCACAACUGGGGCAGAGGGCAGACGUUGGGAGGGAACUGAUUGAGUACAAAACUUUAUUUAUAGUGAAAGUGAAUAUGACUCUAGUUUUAUCACAAUUGGAUCUUUUGAAUGAUCUAUUCAUAGUUCAUAGUCAUGAUGACAAAAAGCAAUAUUUUUAAAAUUUUGAGAAAUAAAUAUAUUUCUAAGUUAUGAAUUGUUAAUGCUAAUUCAAGAUAUUUUCCUUAACUAAGAACACUGUUAAAAUAAAUUUUAUAAUAUCAGAUGCAAAUGCGAAUACUCAUGUUAAGCUGUUCUUUCAAAAAUACAGCUAUGGGCGAAAAUUUGAAUAAACCCCAUAUGGGUUUUUUACUGGGUUCUGUUGUAACAAAAAUAUAAAAAGGCCAUCAGAAACCGUCUUAACCCAGAUAGCGGGCAUUCCUGAAUGGUGCCAGAAAGGCCAGCAAUGCAUCUGUGGUUCCUCUGGUGUUGUGGAUUUUGGGCAUCAUUCACCUUGGUGUUAUAAGCUUGUUUGCCUCUUUCUCUUUUAAAAAAUAAUGCCCUCUCUCUGUCCCUUUUAGAAAAGAGAGAUAGCAACAUGUUUUAGAAAUAGCAGGGAAAUUCUGUAGUUUUUGUGAAAUUUAAACAUAAUGAAAUGUCGCAUAUUUAUUAAGUUAUUUUUGUAAAUAAUUUACGUCAAAAGAUAAAACGUUAUCUUUGUUCUCAUUUAAAAAUAGAGUCAUUUUAUAUUGUUAUAAUUUUUAUACAUAUUAAAUGAGUACAGAUAAAAAAAUAUUUAAAUCACAUAUUUCUUAAAGAGUACUUACUCUUUGUCUUUAUUAAGUGAGAUAGAAGAUAUCUCACUCUCACCUUAUGAGUCCUCCAAAAAUGUUUUUGUACUCCACUAUAUUAAUAUUUUAACCAAAAACGAUAUAUGCAUUUAUUAUUUGUAACAAGUACAGUCUUCUCUUUAAACGUCUUGCAAGAAAAAAAAGAUAUUAUCAUUAUUAAAAACUUUAAAUAUUAUUAAAAAGAUAUUUUAUUUUAUGUCAAACUAACAAUGUUAUAAAGAACAAUAAUAUUAUUUUUUCAAAUUCUAUUUUAAACUUCUGUUUAUUUUAAAUAUGACCUCCAGUUUCUAGAAAAAGAUGUACAUAUGGUCUAGGAGAUGGAUUUAACUAUAACAUGGAAAUAAAAUACUACUAAAAAUUUGAAA